AUAGUGGGCGCUGAUUAUUUUGCCUGCACGAAGAAGAUGCAAGUAAUUUAUUAGUUCAAGCCUUCUUUCUUACAGAAGAGUGUUGAUCUCCUGAGCUAGAGCAGGAGGAAUUUAGAUCGUUUGGAGAGUACUGUAACGGAAAUUGCAGAGUCAUGGCGAGCAGGGAAAAGGAUUUCUAUCUCCGUUACUAUGUUGGACACAAAGGAAAAUUUGGCCAUGAAUUCUUGGAAUUUGAAGUUAGACCCGACGGCCGCCUCAGAUACGUAAAUAAUUCCAAGUACAAGAACGAUACAAUGAUCCGCAAGGAGUGUGUUGUACACAAAGCUGUUGUACAGGAGCUGAUGAGAGUUAUCGAUGACAGUGAGGUGAUGAAGGAAGAUGACAAGAUGUGGCCGUCACCUGACCGUGUUGGUCGUCAGGAGCUGGAAAUUGUCUUUGACGAUCAGCACAUCUCGUUUACCACAUCGAAGAUUGGAUCACUCAUCGACGUCACCAAGUCCAAGGAUCCGGAGGGCCUCCGUAACUUCUACUACCUGGUACAAGAUAUCAAGUGCAUGGUCUUCUCACUAAUCGGUCUGCACUUCAAGAUCAAGCCCAUCUGAUGAGCCUGUCAGCCACCCCCUACUUGCUGCCGGUUCCACUCUCGUCGUUGCAAGCGCGCCGUCUUCGCCCCCUGCACGUCUUGCUGCCCGGUAUUCUCUUCUUGACCGAUGCGUUGCUCCGCUUGUAUCAAUUUUGUCCUGUCGCAUUGUAGCUACAUGGCCGUGUGGACAUUGCCAUGCCACGUGACCGUGCUCCAUGGCGCUAUUCUCUUUUCCCAUUUUUUUUUUAAAUUAGUACGAGCGACUCGUACGUGGCAUGCGCAUGCCCAUGUGUAACAACUCGUGCAUGUGUCCUAUUUGUUGCAUGGCGUGCUUGCCGGGGGUUCGGUCUGAUGUUGCUCGCAACAGCCUUUGUAAAAAAAAACUUCCUUUGACAUGUUCGUUCUCGUGUUGCCAUGCUAUGGUCUUGAAUCUUCUCUUCGUAUUGCUGUCCAUGCUGUAUAUUCGCUCCAUUCUUGCUGUCUGAUCGAAGUACAUCAUCGCAUGUUCUGUUUUAAAAAUGGUGUUGGGCUGGUGGCCUUGCUGUG